UUACUAAAAUAUAUUUAAAAUUCGAAAUUUAAAUGUCAAAUAAAAUUUAACCCGUCAAGGUGUAAGAAACGAGUAAUGCUUCUCUUUUGUCCUCUUACGAUGUCGUUUCCUUUCCGCCAAACCUCGCGUAUCGAGGAAGAAGUCGACAAUAUUGGAGCGAUUAAAGGAACACGUAAAAGUGUUGGAGGAAAAAGGAAAACGCGUAGGCGUCCCCGUGGAGGCGUUUUCGUCACGACCCGAUACGCCGAAGAGAAAGGAAAAAGACAUGACACUUCCCAGACCAGACGCCUCUCUCGCAUCUCGUCGAUCGUGAAAAGCACGCGGAUCUAGUAAAAGCCCGAUCUCAAACGAAUUUUGAUACACGAAACGUAUCCGAUUUUCUCUCGGCACCUCUAUUUCUCUCUCGGUCGCGUUUCUGUUUUUUUUUUUUUAUUUAUUUAUUUAUUUAUUUUUCUUUAUUUAUUUCUCUCUCGAGAAACGACGUUUCGCUUCGAAAAACGUCGCAGUGGUGCGAGCAAUCGUCGCUUCCUCGCAGUCAGUUUUUAUUCAAGGUGUCUGUGAACAAUGCCGGAUGACACUAAGGCACUUGUUGCCUUACUGACGAUCACAACGUGAGCGGUCAGUCGUGAUCCGCGGAUCAUCGGGGAGAUAAUGAUUACAGAACAGACCUGGAGCAUGAUGCUGGACAGCGAUGUCACGAGCAUCAACGAGUCGAGCAUUUCGCCGAGGAAACAAUUAUGGAUCAAAGCGGUGAAGAAACUGACCUCCGAGAGGCUGGGCCGGGAAGGAUUGGCGGCGUGGGAGGACCGGAAGUCCAACGCGGAUCCCGAGAUCGUCGCCGAGGACAAGAACGACGAUGAAGAGCUCGACGAGGAAAACGACGAGGAAGCGGAAGCGGAAGCCGCCGAUGGCGCGGAACAGCCUGUGCCCGAUGAGGAGGCUCAGACCCAACGCGAUGUCUUCAAGAAGGGGAUGCUGUACAAGGGAAUAUUCUUACCCUCGCUGACCAACAGCUUUCACAGCAAGCAGCUGGAGACAUCCUAUCUUCUCUACUCGAAUCGACAGAGGCAGAAGUCCCUGAUAACGCUGAACAUCGUGGACCUCGGCCUGAAAAUCACGUUAACUGCGAUCUGGCUCUGGCAACGGGACCCAAACAAUGGCGGUCUCAUCGAGGGCCUGUCCUGGGCCGUGUGUUGCAUGGCGGCGAAUCUGGUGGUGUGCGUGCUCGGCUGGUGGCAAUGCUUCUCCAGCAAUUAUCUGUACUGGGCCUCGAUAUUCACCUGGUUAUUAAUAAACUCCCAAGGCUUCAUAGGUGCCGGUCUGAACUUUACCACCCAGCAACGACUCAUGUGGUACAUACUCUUCGUGGUGUACGCGCCAUACGCGAUGCUACCCCUGCCUUUGAGAUGGUGCGUCCUCGCCGGCUACGGAACGGCGCUAACACACAUGGUGAUGGCCGGCAUAAGUCUCCUGCGGGACUCCACAUAUCUGCGUGACGUCUCGUGCAUCGUCCGAAUGCUGACGACGAACGUGCUGCUGUACCUGGCCGUGAACUUGGCCGGCAUGUACACCAAGUACCUGACGGACCGAGGACAACGACAGGCCUUCCUCGAGACCCAUCGUUCGACGGAGACGCGGCAGCGCACGCAGAAUGAAAAUAAUCGGCAGGAGAAGCUGCUGCUUUCAGUGUUACCCGAUUUCGUCGCCAAGGAGAUGAUCCGUGACAUCUCUCGCGAAACCGCACGUGGAGGAACGAUAUCCUUCACUCCGAAUCAAUUCCACCGGAUAUACAUCCAUCGCUAUGAGAACGUCAGUAUCCUGUUUGCCGAUAUCAAGGGAUUCACAGCUCUCGCGAGUCAAUGCAGCGCUCAGGAACUGGUCAAGGUGCUGAACGAUCUCUUCGCUCGCUUCGACAAGCUGUCGGCGGAAAACCACUGUCUGCGCAUAAAGCUCCUCGGUGACUGUUACUACUGCAUCUCCGGCCUGCCGAUCGCCAGGAGCGAUCAUGCCCAUUGCUGCGUCGAGAUGGGCCUGCACAUGAUAAAGGCCAUACGGGACGUGAGAUUCACCACCAAGGUACUGGGAACAUUUUAUCUCGCGAUUUGGUAUACUCUUUUAAAAAUGAAACGAAGAAGUCUUUGUACCAAAUAUUUAAAAGCCAACAUUUUUUCGAGAAUAAGAUCUCUCUGUCUGAUUCUCCUAUCUCUCCCUGCUGUGACCACUGUGAUCCUGGUGGCGUCGUCGAUUCUGGUGAUGGCGGAGGAGUUCAAGGGCAUGCCGACGUAUCUGCAGCACACCUCGUCCAUGCUGGUGCACAAGAAGCACCGCACCAUCUUCAUUUGCGGAGUGAUCAGCCUGAUGGCGCUGACCUCCAUCAUCGGCGUUCUGACGUGUUCCAUCACGGUGCGUCCGUAUCAGGAAGUGAUGGUGCUCGAGCGCCAGCAACAGCAGGAGUCACCUCUGACGACGACCUUGACGGUCCCGCUUCCGUCGCCGGAGAGGCUGACCGCGACCACGUCAAGGUCACCGAACCGGGACCACUUCAUCCUGACGUUCCUGGAGGCCGCUUUGAGCGACGAGUCGACCGAAGAGAAGAAAAUCGUCCCCUCGACGGAGAACAGCACCCUGAAGGGGGCCCAGCAUAUCGAGCUGAAGCUUACGCGAGUGGUGAACGAGGAGACCGGAAGAAGCAGGAAGGAGUUCUUCCGGUUCUACAGAUACGAGCAGCGCUACGAGAAACCGGAAGCCGGAAGUCGAGUCUACAGACGUGUCGCGCGUAAAAUACAGAGGAAGAUCCUCUCCGUCGCCGACGACGAGAAUCAAACUCACCCCUUGAGGAAUAACAUCGAUGACCUUAACGAUCUUGAAGAGACCGCCUGUAUCCGGCCAGAAUAUAUGGUUUUUACAUGGAUUCUUUGCCUGAUCGCUCUCGCUUCAGCCUUGAAACUGUAUUACCUGGUGAAGACUGCACUAGCCGCGGCGAUCGUCCUGGUGUACGCGGUCCUGAUCCUUGUCGUCUGCAAGGACAUGUUCACCGAAGGAGAAAGACACGUAUCCGCGAUAUCUCUACCAGCGCAGAUGCUGACCUUCCUGACAGUCUUCCUCGUGAUGGUCACCUACCACGGUAGACUGGUGGAAGUGACGUCACGUCUGGACUUCCUUUGGAAGCAACAAGCCGAGAGAGAGCUGAGCGACAUGAUCGAGUCUCGACACAACAAUAUGCAACUUCUGAAGAACAUCCUGCCGGAUCACGUGGCGCAUCACUUCCUCACGGCGGAUCGUGCGCCGGAAGAACUCUAUUCCCAAUCGCGGGACAAAGUUGGCGUGAUGUUCGCCAGCGUACCGAACUUUACAGAAUUUUACUCGGAGGACGUGAACAAGGGAAUGGAGUGCAUUCGCCUGCUCAACGAAAUCAUCGCUGAUUUCGACGAGCUGUUGGAUGAGACGCCGUUUCACUGCAUCGAGAAGAUAAAGACGGUCGGCGCCACUUACAUGGCCGCAUCAGGAUUAAACCCCAGCCAAACUGAUAACUGCGGCGACGACAUGGAACACCUGUGCAGACUGGUGGACUACGCAGUCGCUAUGCGUCACCGUCUCGAGGACGUGAACGUUCACUCGUUCAACAACUUUGACCUGCGAGUGGGCAUCAGCUGCGGACCCCUGGUGGGUGGCGUGAUCGGGGCCCGUAAACCAGUCUUUGACAUAUGGGGCAACACCGUCAACGAGGCUUCGAGGAUGGACUCCACCGGCGUGAUGGGAAAGAUACAAGUCCCGCACGACAUCGCCAGGUUUCUGGAGUCGAGGGGUUACCAGACGCAGAAGCGCGGGCUAAUCGAGGUGAAGGGGAAAGGCACAAUGGAGACGUACUUUGUUUUGGGCAAGGCAACCCUGCAGCAAGAAGGCACUCCCAGACACAGGAGCACCUGUCGCAGCCUCGCCGCCGUCGUCUACGGAGUGGUCCAGGCGCGUCGCAAGCAGAUCAGAAAACAAGCGUUACGGAGAACCUAGACCGACGAGAUAGACCCGAGAAUAGUUCGUGUCGCCAACGUGAUCAUAGAUCGAUGCAAGAAAUCUCGAUCUCGAUCCCUCACGAUCACUCGCCAAAGGGAUCGCAGCUUCGAACACGUGUAACUUCGAAGACGAUGAUCUCUGAAGAUAUGAGAGAAGAGACACGAUGCACUUUAUAUAUUCUCGAGUCUAGGAAGAUAUUACUUCCAUUUUUAAAGAAGAAAGUUUUGCGCUCUCUUUUACGAUUUUUUUAUUUGAAGAUAUUUAUUUAAAGAAAAUAAUAAUUUCUUCAACGAGAUAAAAUAAUGUAAGAGAGAAGCGAUUUUUCUUCUUUCGCAGCGAUCUAACGAUGAGAUGAAUGACGAUGAGUACUUAUCUGGAUCUGAAGAUCCAGCUUCGAGGGAGGGAGUUUUUUGUCCAAUUUCAUUUCCGUGUCAUUUUGCCACAAUGAUGUUGUUGAAUGUAUAUAGCACACUUACAAUAAAUAAUCCAUCUUAUAUAAACACGA